AUGCCCCACCCACGCAUCCACUCCACCGGCUCCCUCGACGCCUUCAACCCCAUCCUCGUCACCCCCGUCAUCGGCACCGAAUUCCCCAAAGACAGCUGCAACAUCGUCGACGACAUUCUCAAUGCCCCGAAUGCCGAACAACGUAUUCGUGACCUCGCCGUCCUCGUCGCAGAACGCGGCGUCGUCUUCUUCCGCGCCCAGCACAACCUCACCAACGACCUCCAAAAACACCUCAUCCUGGAAAUGGGCCGCCUAACCACCCGCCCCGAAUCUCACGGUCUCCACAUCCACCCCGUCACCAACGACGCGCGCGAAUUCGGCGACCCGGAUCCUCAAAUCAGCACGAUCAACUCCGAGGGCCGCAAGAAACUCUACCAGGGCUCGGACUAUACCCGUAUGGCGGCCGUCUGGCAUAGUGAUAUUGCGUUUGAGAAGGCGCCGGCGGAUUUCUCGAGUCUGAGGUUGACUCAGUUGCCUGUCACGGGGGGCGAUACCUUGUGGGCUUCUGGGUAUGAGGUGUAUGAUCGCAUUAGUAAACCCUAUCGCGGGUUUCUGGAGGGGUUGAGUGCCACGCAUGUCGGGGCGGGGUUUAAGAGAAUGGGCGUGAAGGUGUAUACUGGGGAGAGAGGGGCGCCGGUCAAUGUCGGGGAUGAGUUGGAGGCGGUGCAUCCGGGGGUGGGGUUGGCUGAUGGUUACUACUUAGGUUGUCAGGACGAAUCCGAUUACGGGGUGGAAGUCGAUCUUUCCGAUUGGUAUGUUCAUGUUGCAGUGGGGGCCUUUCCGAGCAAGAUUAACGGAUUGAAUCGUCGAGAGAGUGCAAAUAUGCUGCAGUACUUUCAUGAUCUGAUCACCUACGGUCAUGAUCUACAGGUGCGGUUCAAGUGGAAUGACCCGAAUGAUAUCGGUAUGUUACCCAACUACUUUCAUGCAAGUGGUUUCUGCUGA